AUGACGUCAUCCCCGACGUCAUCUUCCUCAAACUCGGAAGUCGAACAGUUUCUGAAAACCGGAGACGUUGAAGAAUCUGUAAUUCGAGAAGAAUCUGCGGAAGCAGUUGUAAAGGACUCUGGUCUAGAUGAAUUCUUCCGACUCCGCUGGUACUGUCUUAUGGUUUUGAUGAUGGCCGAGUUUACGGCGUUCACGGCCACGGCCAGCAGCAAGGUCAUGGUUUUUGCAGGAGCCAAUCCAUCAGUCAUCGGAUGUGGAGGGGUUCCGAUAAAAGGAUGUCAUGAAUUAGCAGCACUUAAAGAAAAUAUAACCGAAUUGGCAAAUUGUGUUCCUGAACUGAAAUAUCAAUUCAAAUCAGUUCAAGUUGAGUUCAACUACGUUUGCGAGGAUGCGAAAAAAGUGAAGAAUACAAUUACAAUUCAAACAUUGGGUGUUUUGAUUGGAGCUGCAAUUUUCGGACAGUUUUCUGACACUUAUGGACGACGAAAGGCUCUUUUGAUAUCUACAUUGGGAAAUGCAAUUUUCAAUUUCAUAUCUGCUUCUUCGCAUAACUUGGUUUUUUUUGCACUAUGGAGAACAAUGGCUGGAGUGUUUACUGGAGGAGUUACUGUUGUCCAAAUGGUGUUCAUGGUGGAAAAUAUUCCAAGAAAUCACAGAAUGUGGAUUCAGAAUUCCAUCACUUGGUCCCCAAAUCUCAUCCUUUUCCCAUUUGUUGCAUGGCUUUGUGAGGAUUGGAGAACCAUGUCAAAAGUCAUUGCAGCUGCUUCAAUGGCCACAUUUGCAGCCGUUUACAUUCUCCAAGAAUCUCCUCGUUGGCUCAUCCAAAAAGGACGUGUUGAAGAUGCUCGGCGAGCACUUGUGAAAAUCCGAAAAACCGAUAAAUUAUACGAUGAAACAACCGAGAAACAACUCGACGAAAUUCUUCGAAUCGAAAUGGAGAAACAUGUGAAAAAGUCGAAAAAAGCUAAAAAAUACACAUUUAUUCAUUUAUUCUGCACAUGGAAAAUGAUGGUUCAAUCGUUAACGUUUAUCACUGGAAUAAUGUGCACAACAUUUAUUGUCUACUCACUCAUGUAUAAUAUGGAAAAGUUAUCCGGAUCGCUUUAUUGGAAUUUGGCUAUUAUGGGAGCCGCCCGUUGGAUCAUCAACAUUCUGGUGAGUCUUGCAGAUUACUAUCUCCCGUGGUUCGGACGUAAACUAAUCAAUCACAUCGCAAUGAUUUGUACAAUUUUGGCACUUUUCGUAAUGGCUGUUUAUCUAUUUUUGGGAUACGUUGGUGGACAAUUGAUGUCAAUUGGAACCGUUGCGGCAGUUGCAAUGUGUUCUCAAUUGUUUAUUGCCAAGUAUAUGAUGGUCAAUGAAUUGUAUCCAACUGCUGUUCGAAAUCUCGCCGUUUCGGCGGUGAGCACAAUGAGCAGAAUUGGAUCCAUGUUCUCGCCGCAGUUAUUUUAUUUGAGUGAAUACUCGGAAUGGAUUCCAUACGUCGUCCUUUUCGCCUGUCAAUUCUACGAUUGGAUUAUAAUGUGGUGUUUCCUUCCAGAAACCAAAGGAGUCGUUUUGGAGAAUCAUCUACCUCCAAAGCAUAAAAGAAUCUUCAAAAAUCGCACGGAAACUGUUGAUAAUUGA